AUGGAUCCGUCCUUGUAUAAGGCAGCAAGGUCAGGUGACGUUGGUUUCUUGAGAAAAAAUAAAGAUGCUGACGUACCAGAUGAUCUUCUCCAUCAGAAAACGCCUAUGGACAAUAAUAUACUUCACAUUGCCGCUGAGUUCAAGCACAUGGAUUUCUUCAAACAAAUCCCACCUCAAUCGCCAUUGUUUUGGGCGACCAACAACAAGGGUGAAACUCCCCUCCACGUUGAUGCUAGAGUUGGUUGUGAUGAAGGAGUUGAGUUCCUCAUCAACCAUGCGAAAAAACUACGCGUUGAUGAUGAGGAGAGCGAACUCACUACUUAUGCUGAAACUCAUGACGAAAUGCCACUACUUCAAAUGCAAAAUUCGGAAAUGGAUACAGCAUUGCAUAUUGCUGCUCGAUAUGAUCACUUUAGUGCGGGGAUCAAAGGUGUUACAGCUUUGCAUGCAAUAGUAACUUGCACAAGCAAAACCAUCCACGUAACAAGAAAGUGGGGAAACAUCAAAGUAACAAGAAAGUUCAUUGAAUUGAAUGAUACCAUUGGGAAUUCAAGUGACACUCUUCAAGAAUAUAUCAGACAGCAUGAUCGGUCAGAGUUACUCAUCUAUAAUUUUGAUAACAUAUUACUUGCUACGAACAAUUUCAGUAUCACAAACAAACUCGGGGAAGGAGGAUUUGGCCCUGUUAACAAGGGUAAGCUGCAAGAAGGGAAGGAAAUAGCAGUAAAAAGACCAUCUAGUAGCUCAGGGCAAGGCAUAGAAGAGUUCAAGAAUGAGAUGUUGUUGAUCUCCAAACUGCAACAUAAAAAUCUUGUUAGGAUCAUGGGUUGCUCUGUCCAGGAUGAUGAGAAGUUACUAAUUUACAAGUUCAUGCCAAACGGAAGCUUGGAUACUCUUCUAUUCAGAGGAGCAGUGCUUGAUUGGGGUCGACGCUUGAAGAGUAUUCCGGGUGCUGCUAGAGGGCUUCUUUAUCUCCACCAUGAUUCCUGUUUGAAGGUAAUACAUAGAGAUUUGAAGGUCAGUAACAUUCUCUUGGAUGAGAACAUGAACCCAAAAAUUUCAGAUUUUGGAUUGGCACGUAUAGUUCAAGGCACGCAGAGUCUAGCAAAUACUCACAAGGUUGUGGGAGCAAUAUUGGGAAUUUGUAAAAGACCCCAAGUAAAAUAUAAAAAAAUUAUUUUAAUUAUAAAGAAAAAAAAAAUGAGAGCUUUAACAAAGCAACAGUCUCUGUUUUUCACCAUUUUGUGCCUCAACAGUUUACUUACUCUCUCCCCAAUUGCCAGCUUAGAAGACGACUUAUCUUUCACUCCAGAUGUAUUGGUCGAAGGAAACAUGACCAUUGUCUCCCCCUGUGAAGUCUUUGAGUUGGGUUUCUUCAAGCCAGGCAAUACUUCAGGCUGGUACUUGGGCAUAUGGUACAAAAAUGUCCAAAACAGAACAGUUGUUUGGGUGGCCAACAGAGACACCCCACUUUCAAAUUCAUCAGGAGCUCUUUUGAUGACUGGUGAUCAUGGAAACAUUGUCCUUCUUGAUCCAUCUGGAAAUGUCACUUGGUCCUCCAAUCACACCGAAGUUUUGAGACCAAAUGUCCUGCUUUUGGAUACAGGCAAUCUUGUGAUCAAAGAAGGAACCGAAAACAGCCAAACAUUUUUCUGGCAGAGCUUUGAUUAUCCCACACACAUUCUGCUUCCGGAUAUGAAGCUUGGAUGGAACUUGAGCACAGGUUUAAACAGGUACUUGACCUCAUGGAAAAGCUCAGAGGACCCAUCAACAGGGGACUUUUCUAUCAAACUAGAUUACCGUGGCUUCCCGGAGAUUUUCCUUUGGCACAAACAUGUCAAAAACUUUCGAACCGGCCCCUGGAAUGGGAUGAUAUUUAGUGGUGUGCCGGAAAUGUGUGCUUCGAAGCAUGGUGUUGAUUUCAACUUCGUUACGAAAAAAGAUGAGGUCUACUACUCGUUUUCGUUACAGAACAAAUUGGAACUUGAAUAUUCAGGCUUGACAGUGAGUCCAAAUGGGGACGUUCAACAGAUUACAUGGGUUGAGAACACAAAGAUGUGGAAUAUAUUUCAGUAUCCCCCAAAGGACCAAUGUGACAGCUAUGGAGAGUGUGGUCCAUUUGGUAUUUGUGACACAAAUGCUUCACCUGUGUGUAAAUGUGUGAGAGGGUUUCAGCCUAAGAAUUUGGAGGCUUGGAAUUUGGGAAAUGGGUUUGAUGGAUGUGUGAGAAAACGAGAAUUGAAAUGCCUGAAAGACAAGUUCUUGAGGUUGAGGAGUGUGAAAUUGCCUGAGAGUGGGGGUGCAUUUGUGGAUGGGGACAUGAGCCUUGAGGCAUGUAAAGAGAAGUGUUUGGAGAACUGUUCUUGCACUGCUUAUUGUAACAUGGAGAUUUCAAACGGAGGGAGAGGUUGCGUCAUGUGGUUUGGGGAGCUAAUGGACAUGAGGGUAUAUGCAGAUGGUGGCCAAGAUCUCUAUGUUCGAUUGGCACGGUCAGAAAUAGGUGGUGAUGGGAAGGAAAAACUAGCAAUCAUAAUUGUAGUCGCUAUAGUUGGUCUUGUCAUUCUUCUAGCAGGACUUGGUUUCUACAUUGUAUGGAAGAGGAAUUUACGUAUUAGCCACAAUGCAAGGACACAACCAAAAGGUCCUUAUGGAAGAAGCCAAGUUCUUCUGCUAAAUGAGGUUGUUUUCACAAGUAAGGACUUCUACUCGGGUGAAAGGAUCAAUGAUGAGCCAGAGUUGGCAUUGAUUGAUUUCAGCACUGUAGCAGUGGCUACUAAUAACUUUUCUGAUGAAAAUCUACUCGGAGAAGGUGGUUUCGGUUAUGUUUACAAGGGGACAUUGACAGAAGGUCAAGAAAUUGCUGUCAAGAGACUUUCAAAAAACUCUGGACAAGGAACUGAAGAAUUCAAGAACGAAUUGAAGUUAAUUGCAAGGCUUCAGCACAUAAAUCUUGUUAGACUGCUUGCUUGCUGCAUUGAUAAGGAUGAACAGAUGCUGAUUUAUGAAUACAUGGAAAACAAAAGCCUGGAUGCCUUUUUAUUCAGCAGAGAAAAAAGGUCUACGUUGGAUUGGCAAAAGCGUUACAACAUUAUUUGUGGGAUUGCUCGAGGACUUGUUUACCUUCACCAGGAUUCAAGAUUUAGAAUCAUCCAUAGGGAUCUCAAGGCAAGCAAUAUUUUACUUGAUGGAGAAUUCACCCCAAAGAUAUCAGACUUUGGAAUGGCUAGAAUAUUUGGUAAAGAUCAGAACGAAUCUCAUACAAGAAGAGUAGUAGGAACAUAUGGCUAUAUGUCUCCUGAAUAUGCAAUGGAUGGGUUCUUCUCAACCAAGUCAGAUGUCUUUAGUUUUGGUGUUCUAGUGUUGGAGAUUAUUAGUGGCAAAAAGAACAAGGGAUUUUUUAAUUAUUCAGACAAUAAACCAAACCUCCUAGACUGUGCUUGGAAGCAAUGGAAAGAAGGAAAGGGGUUGGAGAUGGUAGAUUCAUCACUUGGGAAUUCAUAUUGCCCCUCUGAGGUGUUGAGAUGCAUUCAAGUUGGCCUUUUAUGCGUCCAAGAGCAUGUGGUAGAUAGGCCUACAAUGUCCUCUGUGGUUUUCAUGUUGAGCAGUCCAGAUGCAAAAAUGCCCCAGCCUAAAACCCCUGGUUUUUGCCUAGGAAGGAACCCUGCAGGUCAAACAGACUCAUCUUCAAGCAAGUUGGAAGGAUCCCGCACUAUAGACCAAGUAACGAUCGCAGCGUUAGACGGUAGGUAG